GAAGAAUGACAGAACACUUUCAGAUUACUUAUGAACUACAGUUCUCUGAGAUAAUUCGUUCAGCAAAGUUUGUUUAUUUCGGCGUUGAUGGUAUUUUGGGUGUUAUAAUCAGUUGUGGAGUUAAAAGUGAUUUACAAUCAAUUCAAUGGGGAAAAAAUUGAUAACUUGAAAACCAAAUAAAUAUAUAACGUCACUUAUGCAAUUAGUAACAAUUUAUAUACGAGCGUUUGUUAUGAAGUUAACAUCUCAAGAAAGCAUAAGAGCUUGGAUAUUAUCAGCUCUUAUGGUCCAUGGAGCAGUUGCUGGAAAUCCUGAUGCCAAACGACUUUACGACGAUCUUCUCAGUAAUUAUAACAAAUUGGUCCGGCCGGUUGUUAAUACCACAGAUGUUCUCAAAGUCUGCAUAAAGUUGAAGCUCUCGCAACUAAUUGAUGUUAAUCUCAAAAAUCAGAUUAUGACGACGAAUCUAUGGGUGGAACAAGUAAGAACAUUUUUAGUAUAUUAAAAGAAAUUAAAUAUUAAAGAUUCUGAGCGAAGAAAGAGCAGCGAACGUAUAAAAAUACCCUAGAUAAUGCUUUCAUGAAAUGAUGAAAUGGUUUAUUGUCUUGGUAUGACUACAAGUUGAGAUGGGAGCCUAAGGAAUACGGUGGCGUUCAUAUGUUGCAUGUUCCCUCUGAUCAUAUUUGGAGACCCGACAUCGUGCUUUAUAAUAAUGCCGAUGGUAACUUCGAAGUGACUCUUGCAACAAAAGCUACAAUUUACUCUGAAGGAUUAGUUGAAUGGAAGCCACCAGCUAUAUACAAAUCAUCCUGUGAAAUAGAUGUAGAGUAUUUCCCAUUUGAUGAACAAACAUGUGUUCUUAAAUUUGGCAGUUGGACCUAUGACGGGUUUAAGGUGGACUUAAGGCAUAUGGAUGAGCAACAAGGCAGCAAUAUUGUCGACGUUGGCGUAGACUUAUCUGAAUUUUACAUGUCAGUUGAGUGGGAUAUACUAGAAGUGCCAGCUGUAAGGAACGAAAAGUUUUACACUUGUUGCGAUGAGCCUUACUUGGACAUAACUUUUAACAUAACCAUGCGAAGAAAAACUCUUUUCUACACCGUGAACAUCAUUAUACCAUGUAUGGGUAUCUCAUUUUUAACAGUUCUUACUUUUUACUUGCCUUCGGAUAGUGGAGAAAAGGUUACAUUAUCCAUUUCAAUUCUUAUUAGUCUUCACGUUUUUUUUCUGUUAGUCGUCGAAAUUAUUCCACCAACAUCAUUAGUUGUACCCUUGUUGGGAAAAUAUCUAAUAUUUGCUAUGAUAUUAGUUUCCAUAAGCAUUUGCGUUACAGUUGUGGUACUCAACGUUCAUUUCCGUUCUCCUCAAACACAUCGUAUGGCACCAUGGGUUAAACGAGUUUUCAUAAACUUCUUGCCCAAAUUUCUAUUUAUUAAGAGACCAACAUAUAACUUCGAAACAAGUAAAUUGCUUUUGAAGGAUGCCCACGCCUGUUUUUAUCCUUAUUACUCUUCGACCAACAUCGAUCGUCUGGUGGGUUCUGGAUAUAGUCACACACCUUCAAAAGAGGAAUUGACAACACAAAGCCUAACAAGCACAGGACCUUUUGGUGGGAGCUGUCAAGUCCAUGGUCCUUUACCGCAACUUACUCACUCGAGCUCUGAAGAUUUAACAGCGGUUCCCGAUUUAGACAUUGGAAAUUCUGGAAUAAGAAGCCCAAUUUUAAAUAAUCCAGCAUUUUCUCAUUCAAAAUGCCCUCCACGAGUUCAUCGCAGCUGUUUUUGUGUUCGCUUUAUUGCCGAACAUACUAAAAUGCAAGAGGAUUCUACUAAAGUUAAAGAAGAUUGGAAAUAUGUUGCAAUGGUGUUGGAUAGAUUAUUUCUAUGGAUUUUCACGUUGGCUGUUGUAGCUGGUACAGCCGGAAUCAUAUUGCAAGCACCAACUCUUUAUGACGAUCGAAUUCCAAUAAUUGAACAAAAGGAUUUGGAGUUUUCCGGAACUUCUGCUGGCCGCUGUAGACCUCCCCAAUAGCAUUUUUAUUCCAAAACCGUGCAUAUAAUUUCGAAUUGACCGUAAUGUAUUUGUGUGUCAAAUCAAGCAAUCACAAACGUCAGCAUUACAGUUUUCAUAAACAAUUUAUUUUUCAAACAAGAAAAUCUAUUGUCAAAAUGUCAGAUGUAUUGAUAUUGAAGCAUUACUCAGCUUGGCCCCUUAAAAAAUAAAAUACAUAAUUUGUAAACCAAUUCAAGUUAAUCUUUAUUUUAAUCAUUAUGUUAUAUUGAUUUCCGAUUAUGAAAAUUUAAUAUUCUUCGUUAGUAUUACAAAUUACAUUAAUUACCCUUAAUAGUAUGUAACAGAAACCUAUAUAUUUUUGACCGACCCUUCGAAGUGUUAUGUAAACAUAUCGGUAAAAAGUUAAGCCAUUCCAUGAAAAUAAUUUGUGUUUUAUCUUGUAUAUAAUAAUAAUAAUAAUAGUCCAUUUAGUUUAUAAAAUAUCUAAUUAUAUUCUGUUAAUUUAUAUAAUUUAAAUAGUUUACCGUCAGCAAACAAGAAACUUUAUAGAUAAAUCGAACUUUCUAUACCCUGUACCCAAUUAAACGCAUGAAAUCAGGUAGGAAAAUAUCAAGUCCUAUAAAAUAUUCACGUUCUUAUAGAAUUAACAUUCUUAGGUUUGUAGUAUUUUAAUAACAGGAAAUUUAUGUAUAAAUUUAUGUACAACAGAUUUUAUCACUCACUUUUUUCAAAUUUAAAUCGUCUUUUUAAUGUGCUUUUCCCAAAUGAGCAAAAUUUUUGACGUGCGGAAAAUCUAUAUUUUUCGCAAGCUCCACAUAUUUAAUAUGCCCCUAAAAUUAGCACGUGUCCUAUUGCAAACAUAAUUAUUGUUUAAGCAACUUCUACAAUUUAUAUCCGAUCGCAACGAAAUUUUCUUGUAUAAAUACUGUAGUGACGGGAUAAUAGAUGGCGUGGCACUUGUUAUACAUAUGUAUGUGCGAGAAAUAUAUCUCUAUCUUUUAUAGUAUCUAAGAUCUAGGUGUUCAUACGGGCGUACAAACCGACGAAUAUGGCUAUAUCGUCUAAGUCUCGAUCGCUAAGUCUGAAAUACU